AUGGCCCUUCUGCCGCUGAUCCCCGUGGCGGCCCAGUUCAUCCAAGGCUUUUUCGCUCCGCAGCCUGUUCCGCCGCCGGAACCGACGCCUCCACCACUGACAACCGCCCCACCGCCCGGAGAAACCCUUCCGCCACCGCCUCCUCCGACUCUGCCGCCGCCGCCGUCCACGAGCACCGAACCGACCAUCGGAUACGCUAUCCUAUUAGCCUUCUUCGCUCUGAUUUGCAUUUCGUGCUCGGCCGCCGGCGCCUUCGUGUUGUAUUGGCAGAAAAAGAAGCAGGAACGGCAGAUGCAGAUGAGGGACCAGGAGGCGAUGGAUCAGACUUUGGAGCAGGGACUCUCGGGGAUGUCAGGCGUGAGUGGAAUGAGCGGAACCACUGGGACCACAGGUCAGAACUUGUUUUGAUCCAUUUAUCCGCUUGGGAUCAAAAAAAAAUCGUUUAGGAACCACUAGAGGAACCACUUCAAGAGGCACAACCAAAGGGACCACCACCUCGGGCACCACUGGGACCAAGGCAAAGAAGAACAAGAAGAAGAAGAAGGAGAAGAAGGAGAAGAAGGCGAAGAAGAACAAGAAGGAGUCGGUUGCUGAUGUUCCCGCUCCUUCUCCCUCUCUUCCUCCACCCGGUACCCCACAGUUGGAGGUUUCCGCCGGCCCCCCGGCGCUGUCCCCCACUGGACCACCACCUUUGGUUCCGAAUGGUUUAGCUCCGGCUCCGGUUCCAGUUCCAGUAGCUCCGGUCCCUCAACCACCGGUCCCUGUCGAACAAGCGCCACCACCAGCGCCACAAUUCCAAGAGAUGGUCCCAGCGGUUCCUGCCGAAGUUCCAGUGAUCCCACCGGCCCCAAUGAUUUUCGAUCCGUCUCUGGCUCCGCCACCAAUGGUUCCGAUUCCGAUUCCACCGCCGAAUGAGGCUCAAUUCGAGUCGGUUUCAAUGAUCCCAGUUGAUCAGACGGCACAACUUGAAGCUCCGCCCCUUCUGCCGCCGCAAUGA